ACCUUUUUUUCCCCUGAAAAUACUCAGAUUUAGCUUUAAAAAAAAAGAACAGAAAUUUAUUUCAAAAAAAAAAAGAAAAGAAAAAAGAAAAAGAAAUUAGAUUCAAAUUCAAUCUUUAAUAAACAUUCAAAGUCUUUUUUGAAAAUUUAAUUAUCUAUUUGUAUUUUUUUAAUUAAUAGCAAUAAGAAAGAGAUAAGGAUGCAGCAAAACGGUGGUUCGGAUUCACAAACGGAACAGAAUCAACGGCCUCAACAACAACCGCCGCCGCAACCGCAUCCACAGUGGGUGGCUAUGCAGUAUCCUCCGACUGCUGCGGCGGCUAUGGUAAUGCAGCAUCAAAUGAUGCAACCGCAACACUUUGUUGCGCCGCCACCUCCUCCGCCUCAACACUACGUGCCUUAUCAUCAUCAGUAUCAUCACCACGGUCACGCGCUGUCGCAGCAGCAGCAGCAAGGAUCUGGUGGUGGCGGCGAGAAUAAGACCGUUUGGGUUGGUGAUUUGCAUCAUUGGAUGGAUGAGAACUAUCUUCAUAGCUGUUUCGCUUCUACUGGCGAGAUUGUGUCCAUUAAGGUCAUUCGCAAUAAGCAAACUGGUUUAUCAGAAGGAUAUGGAUUUGUGGAAUUUUUUUCACAUGCAAUGGCAGAGAAAGUUCUUCAAAAUUAUAGUGGCAUGUUGAUGCCUAAUACAGAACAGCCAUUCCGCCUGAAUUGGGCUACUUUUAGCACAGGAGAGAAGCGCUCAGAAAAUGGUCCUGAUCUUUCUAUUUUUGUAGGAGAUUUAGCUGCAGAUGUUACUGAUAGCCUAUUGCAUGAAACUUUUGCUAGUAAAUAUCCUUCUGUUAAAGCUGCAAAAGUUGUAAUUGAUGCUAAUACUGGUCGAUCAAAGGGUUAUGGUUUUGUGAGGUUUGGGGAUGAUACUGAAAGGUCCCAAGCCAUGACUGAAAUGAAUGGUGCAUAUUGUUCAAGCAGGCCUAUGCGUAUUGGUGCUGCAACUCCCAGGAAGUCAUCAGGGUAUCAACAGCAAUAUUCUUCACAGGGUGGCUAUGCAUCAAAUGGUUCUUCAACCCAAUCUGAUGGAGAUUCUUCAAAUACAACAAUCUUUGUUGGAGGGCUUGACCCUAAUGUGACCGAGGAAGACCUCAGGCAACCUUUCUCUCAGUAUGGUGAAUUAGUCUCUGUUAAAAUACCUGUUGGAAAAGGAUGUGGGUUUGUACGAUUUGCCAACAGGAACAAUGCUGAGGAGGCAUUACAGAAGUUGAAUGAAACGAAUAUCGGCAAGCAAACAGUGCGUCUCUCUUGGGGUCGCAAUCCAGCAAAUAAACAGUUUAGGGCUGAUUACAGUAACCAGUGGGGUGGAGCUUACUAUGGAGGGCAGGUCUACGAUGGUUACGGCUAUGCUUUGCCACCACCAAAUAGCUUAGGCAUGUACGCGGCUGCAGCCACCGCAUACGGGGCAUAUCCGAUCUACGGCAGUCAUCAGCAGCAGAUCAGACUGAAGAUCUGAAGGUCGCGUGUUCGAUCCACGCUCACCCCAUUAUAAUUUUUGUUUUGCCAAACAAGUAUUUAGAUGAUUAAUUGGAUAAGGUGCCAAACAAACAGCGCCCCUCUCUUCCUCCGCUGCCAUGUUUCUUCUUCUCUGCAACUCCACACUUCAUAGCUGACUCUCUUUCUCUGCUUCCGUGAUCAGAGCUUCUUUGCCUUCGUUUUUUGUCGUCUUCUCAAGCCUAUCAACCCAUUGAGGGUCUGGUUUGAACUCGCACCUCUUACUAUUUUUUUUUUAAAUCCUUCCGAUUUUGUCAACCUCUCUAAAUUUAUAGGUGAUAGAAAAAUCUAAUCAGCUACGAUCGAUUAUUAAAAUCUAACAAUAUUAUAAUGUUAAAUGAAAAUUUGGCAUUCAAGGUAUCUACGGUGUGAUCUGUAUCAAUCUAAAUUGGAAUCGAGUUAGUCUGUACAAUAGUUUUUGUCAAGGUAGAAGGAAAUUGAAUUUAGCAUACCAUUGGAGAAGCUGCAAAUAAGAUUUAUACCAGCAAAAAUGGUUUUAACACAUAUAUAGUGGAUAGCUCAGUUGGCAGAGCAUCAGAUAAAAGAUUUGAAGGUCGCGAUCAAUUUUUUUUCUCGUUAAUAUUGCUUUAAAUAUGCUAUUUACGAGUCGAAUUGAUUUUGGAUCUGCUUUGAGCUCUCAAUAUUCUCCUUGCUUGAUAUUCAUAUUUUCACACUAGUUGGCACACCAUUUUGGUAACUUGGAUUGCUUUUAAGCUUGUUGAUGCAAAGAUCAGACAAGCGGAAGUUAUAGUAGGUCGAUUUCCUUCGUUUAAGAUGGCGCAGAGAGCCGAUUGUCUUAGCGGUGAAUAAUGAAAGGAGCAAACUCUCUCGUGGAGAGUUACGGAGAAAGAUGAAGCUUGCCAAUUUCGUAUGGACAAGGAGCUAUAAGACCUCUUGUAUACGAGUGAGGCGUUAAUUGAGAUACAUUGUUUGCUCAAUUUAAAAUUAAAAUAUAAAUACACUAAUAUUUUUAGUAAAUGGGUGAAGAGUUGGCGAGAAGGACCAAUUAUUAAAUUACACAUGUUUAGUACGGUUGAAAGUGUAUGGAUAUGCUAAUUG